AAUAUGGGCAUAACCCCAUAAUGGUCAGGAAUUUGUCUACAAGAAGCUCUAAACCCUUUGAGGUUUUAUGUUUUAAUUUUAGUUUUAGGUUUGAAUUAGGCCUUUGAGGAAAGUUGUUAGAGUCUUUAAAGACUUGUGACAGAAGUGACUGUUAGCUUCUGGAACUAGAGAUGCCUCACACUUAAAGGGGAACUUAUGAGAUGUAGGGAUGUAUAGUAGAGAUAAGGGAGGAUAUUUGGGGCUCUGGACAUUCCUGGACAUUUAUAGGGCAGGGGAUUGGUAUUAUGAAUAUUUUAGGGUCCCAGGACCCUUCAGAUGUUAUAAAUGGGACUGGAGGUCGGAUGCAAUGCCCCUACCUAGGAAGGGAAUCAGACAUCUGGGUAGAACCAAAAAGCGAAUGAAAAGUUGUUUAUCAUACACGUUAAGAGAAGAUUAAAGUAUGUUGGUUAGAGUUUGCCAUUAAUGCUAGAGAGGAAGAUUGAGGACAGAAAUGUUAAAUGUUGUUGAACCAGGUAUGUGUUCACACGGGUCUGAUCUAUGGAAGAAGACAUACUUUAAGGAUGUCUUUAGCCUUUCCAGCUGCAGGGGAAAUCAGCCUCUCGCAGGACUGAGACAACUUUCUUUAGCCAAGGUCAUUUUUAUUAUUAUUCAAAUUUACACUUCUAGCAAGUUGAUUUCCAUAGUCCCAAAACAUGCUGAUGAAGCCAGAGGUAGAAGGCCAAAUGCAAAUACUCUAUUAAGGAAUAUCAUGGUUUAAGGAAUAUCAUGGUGUGUGAAUUUUUCCCAAGCAAGUUUUGCAUAUACUUUGUACCCUUGGGAAGCUCUCAGGCAAAAUUCACAUAGAGGGCAACAAGAGAAACCAAAGAUAACUGCUAAACAAAAGGUGAAUUAGGGUUAGGUACUAACUCUUUGGAGCCAGACCCAGGUGUAGUUUAGUGGGAAUUCUUCCAUCAGUUAAAUCAGAAAGAUAAUGGGGGGAGGGGGCAUUAUAGCUCCUAUGUUGGUAGUCUAGUCAUAGCCCUUGCCAUAUAUCUUCAAUAAUCUGAAGCUCAUGCAUAGAGUCCCAAGGAAAACUUGGGAGCCUGUAUAACCCCAGGGUCAUUUUUUCAAAGGAGAAAUUUCCUUAUUGUCUAGGACCAAAGUAAGGAUAUCAUCAAUUUUCAUGUUUGACCCUAGUAUGAAAUUUUUAGAACCAGGAUGGCCCACUCAUGAGAGGGGGGCAGUUAUGAUUCUAAUGGCCCUCCAAUUUGCAAUUUAGACAUAGUCUCACAGGAGGUUUAUUAUAGCUGGAUUAUUUUAUGCUUUCACAGCUGAAAUACUGUGAUUGACUACAAGAAUAAUCAGAGUGGCUCAUUUGUUCCAAAGCUAAGUUAGUUCCCUUAAACUGAGAAGGGUGCCUUUAAAUGGAAUACUUGGACUUUCUGAAAUGGUUAGGGAAUGGGAAGUUGCCACAGAAAUCCAUUUAAUCUCCUGGUUUGACUUUUCUGGCCUUUGAUUCUUUUUAAUUACUAAAUAAAGCCUUGAAGGCUGUAUCUGUCUAGAAAAUAGGAAAGGAGUUCAGUAUCCCUGUUCUGAAUUUUGAAACAUAUCUAAUAUCUGAAGAAGUUUUAUAAAACGUACAGGUAGGUUGCCUUUGGCUCUCUUGUCUCUUAAGACUCCAGGUUAGUGUAUUGGUGCAUGAUUUCAACCAACCUGUAUUAAAAUGAAAAAAAAAAAAAAAAAAACAGGGUUCUUGGGCGGUUCCUUUGUUAUGUUCCAUAACAUAGUUAUGUUAAUUGUUAAUGAAGCUGAUAGCAGCCUUUUCUUUCUAAGAUACAGGGAAUCAUGUAUUCCUGAGGGUCCUUUUCCCCAUUGUCUCCCAAGUAGGAAUUCUGAUACAAUUAUUUGGGUUUCCUGUCAAGGACUGUAAAGGAACAUGUCUUCUCUGUUAUCCGGGUUAAGACUAUGGCUCUCAUCAAUUCAGCUGUCUGCUAAAAUGUAGGUAUGAAACCUCUUGUACGCAUAUAGCAAGUGGUUAGAAUGAUAUAAAUAGGGACUGGAGAGAUGGUUCAUCAGUUAGGAGCACUGGCUGCUCUUCCAGAGGACUCAGGUUUUAUUGCUAGCACUCACAUGGAGCCUCAUAACCAUCUAUAACUCCAUUCCAAGGGGCUCUAGUUCCCAGUUAUGUUCUCCAUGGGCACCAGGCAUGCAUAUGGUGCACAUACCUGAGUGUAGGCAAACAUACAUAUAAAAAUAAUUAAAAAAAUAAAAUGUUGUAGAUAUAAUGUCUAGAUUAGGUUAAAAAACUACAAUUAGCCUUUUGAAUUCCUUAAUGAAGAUAGGAAUUUUGGGCAAAUUGAUCAUAGUUGUUAGAUUUGGGGCAUAUCAAAUGGGGAAAGAGACAUAUGCCUAGAUGGUGCUGAGAUCCCCACUACCCACCUCACCAACAAUAUAUAGAUUUGGUUUUGGAGACAGGGUCUCACCAUUUAGUUUUGGCCUGGAACUUGCUAUAUUGACUCAAAUUCAGAGAUGGGUCUACCACUGCCUCUUUAAUACAGGGAUUAAAGGUAUGUACCACCACACCCAGCACAAAGAAUAUUUUCUGAGGGUUAGAGUGUAGCUUUUAUUUGCUUCCUGUGUUCUCUAUGUCAAACUCUUAGGUGAGUAUGUGGGAGGAGAGUGUAUCUGGGUUAGGGGGAAGAGUUGUGGGAGACUUACAGAUGGAGAGAGAGGCAGUUGUCAGAACAAGAGAAAUAAAGUCUCUUAAAAUUGUAGACUACAGUUAGCUGUCUUCCCUCCUCCCCCAUCAACUUAAAAUACCAACAAAAAAUUCCUUUGGCCUGUUCCUAUCAGUUGUGAAUGGGAAGCAUUUCUUUUUGCAAGGGCCCAAAAGGACUUCCUUAGCUUGUCCUGUCAUGGGAGAUAGUAGUCUGGGCUGAAGCUUAAAGGCUUUUGGACCUUGUUUGAGAGUCUCCUAAAUCAGAUACCUUUAGCUGACCACCAGAAGCACCAUAGGUAACAAAAGAGUCCCUUUGUAAGCCAUCAAAAUGCUGGGUGAAAGAGCAUAGGAAGCCAAUAACAGUCAAUCAAAAGGAUUACCUAAGACAUGCAUAGACAAAGAGUUUAUUGAAAUACAAAAGGAAGCAAUAAGCCCACAGAGGGAGUUGUGUAGAUGAGAGGGUGAAGGAGUUCUUUUCCUAACAGUUAAGGGAAAGUGAUUUGAUUUUAUAUUAUGUGGUUCGUAUCUGGGGGGAUAUGUGAAUAUCUUACCUUGUAGAGUAGUAAAUUUUGCAGUUUGUUUUUUUCUUUAAGCUGUAUAUUUUUUAUAAUGUGCCACUAAAUCUCCAAAGUAUGGAAAUCUGCUUUUGUUUUUGGCCCUUUGUGUCUACAGAGUAGUUUGAAAGUCUUUGGCAUAUGCAAGGCAAGCCAUCACUUUACUGUUUAGAAGGCUGACAAUUGCUAAACACUUGGAUUAGGAGAAAGCUGGAAAAUUAAUUAUUGGUGACUGCUAAUAAGAUGUUUUGGCCUUUGAGGAUGUGGCAGUGAAGUUCAGCCAGGAAGAAUGGAUUUUGCUGGAUCCUUCUCAGAAGAAGCUAUACAGAGAUGUGAUGCUGGAAACCUGCAGUUACCUUACUUUUAUAGGCAUCAAAUGGGAAAACCAGAAUAUUGAAGAGCAGUGCAAACAUUCUUGGAGAUAUCUAAGAAAUUAUAUGGUAGAUGCAGUCUAUGAGGAUAAAGAAGGAGGUCAUCGAGAAACCUUUACCUGGAUACCAAAUCUUCAUAGUAGCACAAACAUUUCUACUGGAAUAAAACCAUUUGAAUGUGGUGUCUGUGGAAAAGCCUUCAUUUGUCAAUCAGCCUUUAAUGAGCACAUCAUGUCUCACUUGGGGGACAAACCAUCUGAACACAAAUAUGGUUCAUUUGGAAUACAGCAGCAAAGUCACAGUUGUGAAAAAUCCUGUAAGCAAUGUGGAAUGGCCUUCAUUUGCACCUGUUCAUUUUCUGUAGAUGGAAGAACCAACACUGAAGACAAAUGUUAUAAAUGUACACAAUGUGGUAAAGCUCUGAGUUCUUCUAGUUCCCUUCAAAAUCAUAAAAGAGUUCAUACUGGAGAAAAACCCUAUGAAUGUGAACAAUGUGGAAAAUCCUUUAGACAUCAAAGUUCAUUUCGAUUACACAAAUUAACUCAUAUUGGAGGGAAACCCUAUGAAUGUAAACAAUGUGGGAAAGCUUUCAGAUGUUACAAUUAUCUUCGAUUACAUGAAAUUUUUCAUAUUGAAGAAAACCCCUAUGAAUGUAAACAAUGUGGGAAAACCCUCUGUUCUCCCAGUUCUCUUCGAUUUCAUGAAAGGAUUCAUAAUGCAGAAAAACUUUAUGUAUGUAAACAGUGUGGUAAAGCUUUCAAAUGUCAAAGUUACCUUCGAAUGCAUGAAAGAACCCACAAUGCUGAAAAAUGUUAUGACUGUAAACAGUGUGGUAAAGCUUUCAGAAGUCACUGUUCCCUUCAAAGACAUAAAAUAGCUCAUCCUAGGAAAAAAACUUAUGCAUGUAAACAGUGUGGUAAGUCCUUUACUUACGCAUAUUUACUUCAGACACAUGAAAGAUUUCACACUGGAGAGCAACCAUAUAAGUGUAAGCUGUGCAGUAAAGCCUUCCUUUGUUCCCCUCUUCUUCAGAGACAUAAAAGAACUCAUACUUGGGGAAAACCCUAUACAUGUAAACAGUGUGGUAAAUCCUUCGGAAGUCACAGUUCCCUUCGAUUGCAUGCAAGGGCUCAUACUGUAGAGAAACCUUAUAAAUGUAAGGUAUGUAGUAAAGCGUUUUUAUGUCCUCCUUUCCUUCAAAGACAUGAACGAGCUCACAUUGAGCAAAAGCCUUUUGAAUGUAAGCAAUGUAGUAAAAUCUUCAGGGAUUGGAGUACCUUCCAAGUACAUGAAAGAUCUCAUAUUGUAGAAAAGCCCUAUAAAUGUAAGCUAUGUAGUAAAGCCUUUUUUUAUCUCUCUUCCCUGGAAAGACAUGAAAAGAUUCAUAAUGGAGAAAAACAAUAUGCAUGUAAAUAUGCAUGUAAACAAUGUGGUCAGUCCUUCAUUUUUCCUUGUUUACUUGAGAGGCAUUUAAGAACUCACACUGACGGAAAACCCUAUGAAUGUAAGCAGUGUGGUAAAGCAUUUAGAAGUCUCACUUAUGUUCACAUACAUAAAAGAACUCACACUGAAGAAAAACUGUAUACAUGUAAACAGUGUGAUAAAAGUCUCAGUUGUCCCAGUGCUCUCCAGUUACAUGAACUAACUCAUACUAGAGAAAAACCCUAUGCACGUCUGCAAUUUGAUAAAACCAUCAGAAAACUCAGUUAUUUUCAAGUAUCUGAAAAGACCCAUACUGAAGAAAAAGCUUAUGAAUAUAAGCAAUGUGGUAAAAUUCUCGAUUGUUCAAGUUCCCUUCAGCUACACGAAAGAAUCCACACUGGGGAGAAAUCACAUGAAUGUAAACAAUGUGGUAAAACCUUCACAAUUCUCAGUAGUCUUCGAGUGCAUGAAAUAUCUCACAGUAAUGAGAAACGUGGUAAAGUUUUCAGUCUUAGUAAUAUACAUGAAGGAAAGAAAGCUGAAGGAAAUCCAUCUGAAUGUAAGCAGUGUGGCAAGUCCUUUGUUUCUCGAUAUUUACUUCAAAUGCAUGAAAAGUCUCAUUCUGCAGAGAAACGCUAUGAAUGUAAGGUAUGUGGUAAAACCUUCAUUUAUCCCUCAUUUCUUCAAAGACAUGAAAGAACACAUACUGGAGAAAAACCUUAUGGAUGUAAACAAUGUGGUAAGGCCUUCAGAGUACAGAGCUCCCUUCGAUUACAUGAAAGAACUCAUUCUGAGGAAAAACCUUAUGAAUGUCAACACUGUGGUAAAGCCUUCUGGCGUCUCCCUUCUCUUCAAGUACAUGAAAGAAUCCAUACUGGAGAAAAGCCCUUUGAGUGUAAACAAUGUGGCAAAACUUUCAGAUGUCACAGCUCCCUUCAGAGACAUGAAAGAACUCAUAGUCAUGAAAAACCAUAUGAAUGUAAACAGUGUGGUAAGGCCUUUAGAUGUCACCGGUCCCUUCAAAGACAUGGAAAAACUCAUGCUAGAGAAAAAGCCCUAUGAAUCUGAAUAGUACAAAAACUUGUAGACUUUAUAAUUUCCUUCUAAUAUUUGAAAAUACUCCUGAGAAAAAAAUCUGGUAGUUUAAAAUGAGGUGAAAGCUUCAGUUUUUGUUUUUAAACCAUAGACUUAUGGAGAAAGAGCUAUCAGUAAUAUAUGUUAAGAUGUUCAGUUCCAAGCUGGGCAUGGUAGUGCAUGCCUUUAAUCCUAGUACUGGGGAGGCAGAGUUGGGCAGAUAUUGGAGUUCCAUGCUGGCCAGGGAUACACAGAAAAACCUUGUCUUAGAAAACAAAACAAAGAUGUUCAAUUCCAUUUGAAAACUUGGACACCUUUGGUGGAACACCUUAAGAAUGUAAUGUGAGGAUACCUAAUUUUUCAUAUGUCCUCUUUGGUAAUGCAAACAGGUAGCUUUUAUAAGAAUGGAUGUUGGGUUGAAACUAGUUUGAAAAGUAAAGCUUGUAAAAUUUUAACAGUAAAAGUCAUGAAGACUAUUAGAAGUAAAUUUUAAGUAUUUUGAAAUCCUGAUGAAAAUUAACCUAUAAAGUUCAGAUUUUUAUAACAUAAAUGUAAUGUUAUAUAGAUAAUGAAUAUAUUGUGUUUAUAAGGAAUUUGCAUUUAAUAAUGGUCCUAGAAAGGCUUGGUGGUACAAGCCUGUAGUGCUAGCUACUUAGGUGGCUGAUGGAGGAGAAUUGCAAGUUCAGGACUUGCCCUGUUUUGCAAUCAAAAGCUGAAGAGUACUGGAAAUGUUCGUUAGGUAGAAUACUUGCUGGGCACACAUGCAACUAUAAGUUCUGUCCCCAGUACUCUCAUCAAAAGAAUAAGAAUGUCCCAAAAAAAUGAGUUGCCAUUUCUUUUA